CCGAAUAACAAAGUUCCUUCCUGUUACGAUACAGAAAGUUUAUGUUUUCCGUUUGGAGAAGGUUAGGCAGAAUCUGGCUGAUUGGGAUUUGAAGCUUGAAAGGAUUUGCCUUGACAGAUAAUGACAACACUCCCAGGGGGAGGGCCUAGGAUCCCUGGCCUCCAUUCACAACCUGUGGCCCCUGUCCAUGCUUCUGCGCCAACCCCCCCACAGCAGCCACAGAGUGCUCUUCGUGAAAUCAUGUGUGUCACCCUCUGCAAGGUCGGCCAGGAAACUGUCCAGGACAUUGUGGCGCGUACCAUGGACAUCUUUCAUAUGCUCCGGGCAACACAGCUUCCAAAUGGCGUGACUCAGAAUCACGUGGUGUACCAGGAGCGCUACAACAAGCUGCAGGAGCACCUACGCCAGCUCACCCUGCUCUUCAAGAAACUUCGGCUGUUGUACGAUAAGUGUGGAGAGAUGUGUGGCGUGUCGGAUGUCUCCAUAACGGAGUUAAUACCUUUUGUGGGCGAGGAGACUUUCAGACCCUCGGAUAUUCCAGCCGUUGGGGGUUUGACAAAUACAGAGUACCAAGAAAUCCUUCAGAAACUACAUCAGAAGAACCAGGAACUGAAGCACAUUAUGGACCAGCUCCGCAAUCUCAUAUGGGACAUCAAUUCGAUGCUGGCAAUGAGGAAUUAAACUUACUGAAAUUCCAUUCUUGGUUUUUCAGUGACCUCUCCGUUUAGGGCUUGUUAAGGCAAUUCCCUUUUUUUGUUUAGUUUUUGCACUGUAUAAAUAACCCUUUUCUUAACAAACAGAAAAACAAAUAUUUUUAUACUAAGGAAAUCACAGGUCAGAAAAUAUGUUAAUGUAUUAUGAAAUAAUGUGUUAUUUUUGUGCAUGUAAUGUAGCAAGGAUACAAAUUUUCAAUGUGAUAGUUCUUGGCAGAAUAGAGUAGAUUUGUGGCUGAGCUUGUCAAUUCUCCUGAACGGUGCUAGAGUUCUUUGAAAUAUGAACCCCAAAACGUUGCUGCUUGCUGGCCGGUGGUGUAGUGGCAUCGGCACUGGACCUCGAGGCAAAUAGUCUCAGGUUCAAAUCCGACUGGUGCCUUCACGCUUUCCAUCAGUGCUGGGUUGGGCGUCGAGCCAGCAACUCAGCCUGAUUUUAAAAAAACAAAUGCUAAAGAAAUGGCAAACUUGCCACCCGAUGUUCCACAAGACGUGGAGUAGAACAAAACACUGCUGCAAGCGAAAACAAGGAGAGAGUUGGUGUUGAAGAAUUAAUGUACAUUAUGAAUGUUAAACUAAUUCAAGACAUAUUAUUGGUUAUUAAAAAGAAUUGUAGCUGAGUCAAAAUGGCUAGGUAACGUUCCAAGGACCAAUGCAGACAAUUGGUACCUUGGUGAAUGAGUCAUGGUGUGUUGUGGGAAUGUAUGUGUGGGUCCUAGAAUUCAGACAUGCUAUAACAGAUCUACAUCUAACUGCCUUGAUUCUGUAAAUUUUAAUAUUGUCAACAAAAGUAAAAUGUUUUUCAAUACUAAUACAGCUUUAGUUGUCUUCUAACAAACCUUUUGAAGCAGGACAGUUCUGAAUUUUCCCUGCCCUUUGUGGGUAGACGUAAUUGUUCAAGCUUGAUUUGCAAUUUGAGAAUGUUACAAUUAACCUGAUUGUGACCUCAUUUCCAUUGUCCAAAGUUUAAAGUAAAUUUUUUUUAUCCAAGUACAUACACAACCUUGACAUUCAUUUUCUUGUGGGCAUACUCAGUACAUUCAUAGAAUAAUAACCAUAACAGAAUCAAUGAAAGACUGCACCUACUUGGGCAGUCAACCAGAAUGCAGAAGAUGAUAAACUGCAAAUAUGAAAAUAAAGUAAUAAUAAAUAAAUAGGCAAUAAAUAUUGAGAACAUGAGGUGAAGAGUCCUUGAAAGUGAGUCCAUAGGUUGCAGGAAUACUUCAAGGAUGGGACAAGUGAAGUGAGUGAAGUUAUCCCCCUUUGUUCAAGAGCCUGAUGGUUGAGAGGUAGUAUCUGUUCCUGAACCUCGUGGUCCUGAGGCUCCUGUACCUCCUUCCUGGUGGCAACAGCGAGAAGAGAGCAUGUCCUGGGUUCUGUGGUGUGUGGUGGUCCCUUGACAAUGAAUGCUGCUUUCCUGUAGAUGUGCUCAAUGUUCGGGAUGUCUUUACCCGUAAUGGACUCACCGUCAUGUCCACUCAAGCUAAAUGAUGAAACAUGACUAGAAACAUAGAAAAUAGGUGCAGGAGUAGGCCAUUCGGCCCUUCGAGCCUGCACUGCCAUUCAGUAUGAUCAUGGCUGAUCUUCCAACUCAAAACCCUGUACCUGCUUUCUCUCCCCUUUAGUCACAAGGGCCAUAUCUAACUUCCUCUUAAAUAUAGCCAAUGAACCGGCCUCAACUGUUUCUUGUGGCAGAGAAUUCCACAGAUUCUCCACUCUCUGUGUGAAGAAGUUUUUCCUCAUCUCGGUCCUAAAAGGCUUCCCCUUUAUCCUUAAACUGUGACCCCUCAUUCUGGACUUCCCCAACAUCGGGAACAAUCUUCCUGCAUCUAGCCUUUAGAAUUUUAUACAUUUCAAUAAGAUCCCCGCUCAAUCUUCUAAAUUCCAGUGAGUAUAAGCCUAGUCGAUCUAGUCUUUCUUCAUAUGAAAGUCCUGCCAUCCCAGGAAUCAAUCUGGUGAACCUUCUGUGUACUCCCUCUAUGGCAAGAAUGUCUUUUCUCAGAUUAGGGGACCAAAACUGCACACAAUACUCUAGGUGCAGUCUCACCAAGGCCUUGUACAACUGCAGUAGAACCUCCCUGCUCCUGUACUCAAAUCCUUUUGCUAUGAAUGCCAACAUACCAUUUGCCUUUUUCACCGCCUGCUGUACCUGCAUGCCCACCUUCAAUGACUGGUGUACAAUGACACCCAGGUCUCGUUGCACCUCCCCUUUUCCUAAUCGGCCACCAUUCAGAUAAUAAUCUGUUUUCCUGUUCUUGCAACCAAAGUGGACUACCAAGAGUCCACCCAUCUUUCCCUUAGUAAACAGUGGACAGUUUGAUUAUUUUUAAGGAAGUUCCAAGGAUGAGCAUCUUUGAGUGAUAAAGGUUUGCAUACCUUUACUCAGUUUUAAAUAACUAGCCUCUUGUUCGUGUUUCUCCCAUUAAUGAAAACAUCUCGAUGUCUACUCUUCCAAGUCUCCUUUGGAUCUUGUAUAUUUGAAUAAGGUUCUUCCCAUCAUUCUACACUCAAAGGAACAGAGUGCUAAACUGUAUAGCCUCUCAACAGUACAACUCUUUCAGCUCAGUGAUUCUCCUUUGAACUGUUUCCAAUGCUACAAUAUCCUUUUUUUAGAUUAAGUGACCAAGCCUUCACACAGUGUUAUAGGCACCUUGUGCAAUUGUAACAAAACUGCCCUAUUUGUAAACUCCAAACCUUUUGCAAUAAAGGCCACAGUGCCACUUGCUACCUUAA